CGUAUACACACGAAGAAGGUUAACGUUCAGAUCUUGGAUCAAAUGUAUGAAUUGCAUGUGCCCCAUUAUGUACCUGAUGAGAUCCAUCGGCUGAUCACUGAUAUUUUAAUACAAUGUCAAGGGGCGAUUAGCGUGUCCGAUGUCGAUAUUGGGUUAUCUGUGGUGGUUCAGCAUGAGAUUCACACCGAGAAUCAUUCCCCGAUCCACUGCGAGCCGUACCGAUACUCGUUGACAGCGCGCAAGACGGCCUUGCAGCGAAUCAGGGAAUUUGAGGCAAACGGAUGGAUUGAGCCUGCCACCGGUCCCUGGUCGUUCCCAGUUGUAUUGGUUCCUAAAAAGAAUGGGCCAGUCCGCAUAUGCAUCGAUUAUCGAAAGUUAAAUGAUAUCACGAUUAAAGAUGUGUAUCCCCUUCCCCGGAUUGAUGAUCUGCUUGAUGCGAUCGGGUGUGCCAACUACUUCAGCAAGUUCGACAUUCGGUAUGGGUUUCAUCAUAUCUUGGUGAAGGAAGAAAAUCGGCCCAAGACCGCCUUCAUUUUGUUUGAAGGCACGUGGCAGUGGGUUCGGUGCCCGAUGGGAAUCUGCAAUGCGCCUGCCACGUUUCAGAGGGCGAUGAACGUGACUUUUCAGAAUUUUGUCAAUAAGACAUGGCUGACUCAGGGGAUGAUUAACUUCUGCGUCAUCGUGUACAUGGAUGACAUUCUGGUGUACUCGGACACGUUUGACGGACACGCGCAGCACAUCGAAUGGAUGUUGGGUGCGUUGAGAGACGCAGGUUUCAAGAUUGCGCUGGAAAAGAGCGAGUUCUUCCUCCCGGAAAUCUCGUUCUUGGGGUAUGUGGUGACACAAGGGGGCCUGCAGCCGGACUCUCGAAAAGUCGCAGCGGUCAAAGAGGCCCCGGUUCCGACCUCACUGACGCAGGUUCGAGCCUUCUUGGGCCUGGCCUCGUAUUAUCGGCGGUUCAUCAAGGGGUUCGCGGCUAUAGCAAGGCCUCUGACAAACCUCCUGCGAAAAGAACAACCCCUUCAUUGGGAUGACGAGUGCGACCAGGCCUUCGGGGCCCUGAAGGAUGCUCUCGUCACGGCCCCGAUUCUAAUUCGACCGGACCUCUCUCAACAGUUUAUGCUCAUCACCGACUGGCAGCCGGAGGCUAUCUCGGCCAUUCUGGCACAGAAGGGAAACGAUGGGAAGGAGCAUGUCAUUGAGUACGCUUCCCGGACGGUGCCAGACGAGCGACGAAACGACUCCGCGCCACAAGGAGAAUGCUAUGCGGUAGUGUGGGGUAUCCAACACUUCCAUCCGUAUUUGUACGGUCAAAAGUUUCUGCUCGUCACCGACCAUGAACCUCUGUUGGCUAUGAAAAAGCUAACCAACUACACGGGCAUGAUCGGACGAUGGGCAGCGCUGUUGCAAGAGUAUGAGUUUGACAUUGUUCAUCGAAAAACGGAGAGACACAGCAACGCCGACGGACUGACACGUUUGCACCGACCCGAAGAAAGUUCGGAGGAAGUAGAGGAGAGUCUGAUUGAAGACGAAGGGGAGCCGACACAGCAGCGAGAAGGAGACGAAGACGAGCUCCUGCAAACAGAGAGCGAGGAGGAAGCAGAAGAAGAAGACAACGAGCAAGGGAGCGGUGAUGACAACGACGAGGAGCACGCUGACGAGGAUCCCCAGCUAGAAAUUGCGCCGGUUGCUGAUCUUCCGAUCAGCAACGAUCCAACGCUCCACUUGGAGCCACCUCGGCCAGACGACGGCCAUGUGGCCCAGAUGGUUGGGCCACUGUUCGACGAGGCGAUUGUUGGCUCAGGUUCUUCUUUCUUGGACGAUAUCUCUAUAAGCAUGAGUGCGUGUAGUCGUACAGCAGGCUCUUUGGAGACCUCGAUUCCAAUGCCAGCAUCCAAGGAUGGGCACAAGGACGGCGGCGAGGAGGAGCGCCUUCAGCCGGUAGAGGCGAUCCUCAAGGUCGCCAACCCGGGUCCUAUGGGGCUGACUGCCUUCGCUGUAACGACCUUCACUCUGUCUAUGUUCAAUGCCGGUAUCUUGCCUAGAUCCGUCGAGAAGGUCGUUGUUCCGCUGGGUUAUUUCUAUGGAGGGUCCGUGCAGCUGCUGGCUGGGCUCGCUGAGAUUCUCAAUGGGAAUACAUUCGGAGCCACGGCGUUCUGCUCUUACGGCUCGUUUUGGAUUGCGUUCGCCUAUUAUGUGACAUCCAUCGUUCCGACCUUCGACGGGCCGGAGAAGGAGAACGUGCACGUCGCCACAGGGGUGUUUUUGUUCACCUUCACGGUGUUCACGACGUACAUGGCCAUCGCCUCAACUAGGACAUUUCGUGCGCUCACCGUCGUCUUCGUGUGCUUGGGUCUCACCUUCUUCUUUCUCACGAUCGGCGAAUGGGGGGAGUCGGACGGCGCCAAGAAGACCGGAGGCUUCUUCGGGAUUAUCACGUCCAUCCUGGCCUGGUACUGUUCCUUCGGGCUAGUCCUGCUAGACACGUGGAAGUACGAGGCCAUACCUCUGAUGUUCUACAAACACCGGCAGGACUGAAAAGCUGAUCGCUCCCAGCUAAUUUUAGAGUAGUGAUAGUGUCAAGCCUUGCAUUAUCGAGCGAGCUUGUUUCCCGGUGGAAUUGAUUGGUGGCUCCACCUGUGGCGCAUGCUCACGCCUAUUUUGACCAUUCGUCCGAGGCGAAUUUGCAUAUAUACUGAUCGCGAAAUGAUGUGGGAUGUCGAGAUUUAUUAUGGCUACCUUGUAGAAUCAAGGGAAGUCUGGGGCGGGCCGUUGAGAGCGCUCAGUUCUCCUAUGCCUACGUCUGUGCAGUGAUUGCUCGAUGUGUGAAUCGGUUCGGAAACAAAAUGUCGCUCCGUUG